GCUUAUCUACCACACUACGUGUUUUUUCUUCAUAUUUUAAAAUGUCUGGUCUAGUUGCGAGAAUUUUUCGCCCUGCAUUACGUACUCUCCAGCCAAAAACUUUUUUCUUAACCUUGCAAAAAAGAUCCAGACAAGCUAAGCCCACAUACGAUCUCUCUGAGUCGAGUAGAAUAUUCCCUAAAUUCGCAUCUAGGUUCGAACAAGAACAUCUUGAUGCACUGCAAGUGAGUUUUGAGCCAGCUGACAAGUAUGAAGUUAUAUCACCUGAUAUUAAGGAUGACCGCGUCAAAACAUUUGUUGAUAAACUACGCGAUGUUAUCAAUAAUUCGGGUUUAGAUACAGGAACAAGCGAAUCUGUGACUGAUACACUGAAUAUGAUUGAUAAUAAUAUUAAUCAAGAAAUUUUUGCCUUCCGUGUCAUCUCUACGUAUGUAACGUUUUAUCGAGCUGAAAUUCCCGCAUCAUAUUGGAAGGAAUUUGUUGUAAGACUGCCAAAAAAGCAGUCAGUCGUGAUUAAAAGGUGGCCAAAGGAAAAUAAUAGUAAGAGCUCUGGUUUAAAUCUUGCUGAACCAGAUGGAAAAAAAGCAGUGAUAACGGAUCUUACCAAGAUUCAAUCAUCUACAAGUUCGCAUCCUAUCUCUAAUAACCCUAUCUUAUUAGAACAAAAUGCUAAAAUAAAAGCACCUGAAAUAGAUAUACAGCCUUUGAUACAAGAAUUGCUUAUAGAACCUUCGGAAGAAGAUUGUGUUAAGGUUGUUAAUGUGGAGGAGAAAAUAACACUGCCUCGUAUGACUAGAGAAAAAAUCGUAAAUACAUCUCAAACCAUACCAGCUGAAGUGCCAGCAUUCUCUCAAACCAUACCAGCUGAAGUGCCAGCAUUCUCUCAAACCAUACCAGCAGAAGUGCCAGCAUUCUCUCAACCAAAUAAGAAUAUGCCGAUCAUUCCAUAUGAUGCUCGUACAAUUGACAGACAUAUUGAUGGAUAUGAAUUUAAAAAUUCUAGCCUAUGUCCUGGAUGUGAAAAAGAGCAUGAUAAAAGAAAGGUAGUUGGCCAAUGCAUAAAGG